AUGGAGGAAGCAGAUCGUACAAGUGACAACAAGCCAACUCGUCCAAUUCAUUCUGAAAUUCCGUCAAGUGAUGAAGUACAAACUAACUCAUUAAUUGAGCCUGGCGCUCAUGUUAAGAACAGACCAUCUGCCAAUGCUGAAAGCUCGAUAAGCUCAGCUAGUCAUGUUGCAUUGAAGCAAACGAAGCGCGAUAUAGAGUUUUUCCAUUCAGCAAUUGUAAGUGAGGAUCUAGCUACCAUAAGGAACCCUCGUCUUUCACAAGCGAAAAUGGCUGACGCCAUCAGAGAACUGGUAAGGAGGAGGGGUUACAAAUCUGCAGAUCAUGGAAAAGAGUACAAGUUCAGAUGGAGUGACGACUCAACUUACUGUUUGAUCAAAUAUUGCCGGGAAAUCGGACCAUUUUAUGGCUUCGAACAUCUGAAAUCACCUACGGUCAAGAAACUAGAAAGAAGCAGUUUCAUUUCUCUUAAAUGGAGCUGUAUUUUGUAUGAUCUUCUGAUGUCACUGGAAUUUGAAGGCAAUGUGGUACCAACAGAGACGCAAAUCAAACAGAGGUACAGAUAUCUUACGGAAUCCAUGCAUGCCAAGCUAAUUGCUGUACCCACAGGGCAUCAAAGAAGUUCAUCCUCACUAACAGGUGCUGAAAAAGUGGAUAUAAUGCUUAAAAGGCUUCUUAAACUGAAGAAUGACAGCGAAAAGAGUAGGACGCUACUUCGAAAUCGUGCUGCCGAUCAGCGAACAAAGAAAAGGACCGCAGGCCAGAUGCUAUGCUCAAGUAGUAAUCCGUGCGUCAUUGAAAGCAUAGACCAUACCGACUCUGAGGAAAAAUCCUCCACAGAUGAAUUGAGGCAGCCAGUCAGAAGGAGCAACGGUUCAAGAGAUUUCACUUCAUAUGCGCCCUCCGUCUCAAAAGUCUCAGAACCAAUCACAGAAAUGCAUAAAUUGGUGCAGGAAAUCGUCCAGGCAGUAGUUAUAGAAAGAAAGUAUCGAGAAAUUGAUCUACAGCAGAAGGAUGUCGAGUUAGCGAUAAGACGACAGGAAUUGGAAUUAAAAGUUCGGGAUUAUAGGCAUGAAAAAGAGAUGAUCAAACAGCAAAAAUUUAGAUUUGAUGCCGAACGGCUCGAGACACUUGUGAAAAUGAUGGCCACUGCUAAAAGCUUGGGAAUUGAUGAUCCCAGUUUUCUCACCUUUUGCAAAAGCAGAUUCAUAAGUUUCUGA